AUGUUGGUGAGCGACUCAGACAUCGGGGUGGAGGUCCGUCUGAUUCUCAGCUACCACCAAGCUCACUCGUUGAACCGAACCGACGGAGCAGUGGUGAAGUGGUGCUCGGCAGCUUCUGCUCUGCUCAUAGUCACAAGGUGGACGGAGGGCCUUCUGCUUUGGCGUUUCCAGCUUGGUGUGGAGUCACGUUAUCGUGAUGACGAAGCACUCGUGAAGGUCACGACCAAGCUCGACCACGUGCUGAUGCACAUUCGAGUGUGCCUUGCUGAUAUGGUUUUGCUACGGGUUAGCAGCAGCCGCAGCGAGGGAAGCAGUAACAGCAGCUAA